GCAUUGGAUGACAUCCUGAUAGGGGAUCUUCUCCAACUCUAUAAUGAAGAAAAGCAGGAGUGUGAUGACAGUGACUGCAGAUGACAAUGUGAAGGAUUAUUUUGAAUGUAGCUUGAGUAAAUCGUACAGUUCUUCCAGUAACACACUUGGGAUCGACCUCUGGAGAGGUAGAAGGUGUUGUUCAGGAAAUUUACAGUUGCCACCACUGUCCCAAAGACAGAGUGAGAGAGCAAGGACUCCGGAGGGAGAUGGCCUUUCCAGGCCCACCACGCUCCCACUGACUGCCCUUCCAAGCAUUGCUAUUACAACUGUAAGCCAAGAGUGCUUUGAUGUAGAAAAUGGCCCUUCACCAGGUCGGAGCCCACUGGACCCCCAGGCCAGCUCAUCCUCUGGACUUGUGCUUCAUGCCACCUUCCCUGGCCACAGUCAGCGCAGAGAGUCUUUUCUCUACCGAUCAGACAGCGACUAUGACUUGUCACCAAAGGCAAUGUCAAGAAAUUCCUCACUUCCAAGCGAGCAACAUGGCGAUGACCUGAUUGUGACACCUUUUGCCCAGGUCCUGGCCAGCUUGAGAAGUGUAAGAAACAACUUCACUGUUCUGACAAACCUACAUGGAACAUCCAACAAGAGAUCUCCAGCUGCCAGUCAGCCACCUGUCUCCAGAGUCAACCUGCAAGAAGAAUCUUAUCAAAAAUUAGCAAUGGAAACGCUGGAGGAAUUAGACUGGUGUCUAGACCAGCUAGAAACCAUACAGACCUACCGCUCUGUCAGUGAGAUGGCUUCUAACAAGUUUAAAAGAAUGCUGAAUCGGGAACUAACACACCUGUCAGAGAUGAGCCGAUCAGGAAAUCAAGUGUCUGAAUACAUUUCAAAUACUUUCUUAGACAAGCAGAAUGAUGUGGAGAUUCCAUCUCCCACCCAGAAAGACAGAGAGAAAAAGAAAAAGCAGCAACUCAUGACACAGAUAAGCGGAGUGAAAAAACUGAUGCAUAGUUCAAGCUUAAACAAUACGAGCAUCUCGCGCUUUGGAGUCAACACGGAAAACGAAGAUCAUCUGGCCAAGGAGCUUGAGGACCUGAACAAAUGGGGCCUCAACAUCUUUAAUGUGGCUGGAUAUUCACACAACAGGCCUCUAACAUGCAUCAUGUAUGCCAUAUUCCAGGAAAGAGACCUCCUAAAAACAUUCAAAAUAUCCUCUGACACAUUUGUAACCUACAUGAUGACUUUAGAAGACCAUUACCAUUCUGACGUGGCAUAUCACAACAGCCUGCAUGCUGCUGAUGUAGCCCAGUCAACCCAUGUUCUUCUUUCUACACCAGCAUUAGACGCUGUCUUCACAGAUUUGGAAAUUCUGGCCGCCAUUUUUGCAGCUGCUAUCCAUGAUGUUGAUCAUCCUGGUGUUUCCAAUCAGUUUCUCAUCAACACAAAUUCAGAGCUUGCUUUGAUGUAUAAUGAUGAAUCUGUCUUGGAAAACCACCAUCUUGCUGUGGGGUUCAAACUGUUGCAAGAGGAGCACUGUGACAUCUUCCAGAAUCUCACCAAGAAGCAGCGUCAGACGCUUAGAAAAAUGGUUAUUGACAUGGUGUUAGCAACUGAUAUGUCCAAGCAUAUGAGCCUGUUGGCAGACCUGAAGACAAUGGUAGAAACAAAGAAAGUCACCAGUUCAGGUGUGCUGCUCCUGGACAACUAUACAGAUCGCAUACAGGUUCUUCGCAACAUGGUACACUGUGCCGAUCUGAGCAACCCCACCAAGUCCUUGGAAUUGUAUCGGCAAUGGACAGACCGCAUCAUGGAGGAAUUUUUCCAGCAAGGAGACAAAGAACGGGAGAGGGGAAUGGAGAUUAGUCCAAUGUGUGAUAAACAUACAGCGUCUGUGGAAAAAUCCCAGGUUGGUUUCAUCGACUACAUUGUCCAUCCACUGUGGGAGACCUGGGCAGAUCUGGUACAGCCUGAUGCUCAAGACAUUCUUGACACAUUAGAAGAUAACAGGAACUGGUAUCAGAGCAUGAUACCCCAAAGUCCCUCCCCACCAUUGGACGAACAGAACAGAGACUGCCAGGGUUUGAUGGAGAAGUUUCAGUUUGAACUUACCCUAGAAGAAGAGGACUCAGAAGGACAUGAAAAGGAGGAAGAGGGCCACAACUACUUCAGUAGCACAAAGACACUUUGUGUGAUUGAUCCCGAAAACAGGGAUUCCCUGGAAGAGACUGAUGUGGAGAUUGCAACAGAAGACAAGUCUCCAAUUGACACAUAAUCUCCCUCUGUGUGUGGAGAUGAACAUUCCACCCUUAACAAGCAUGCCAGCUGUAUGGUAGGGCCAGCCCACCUUGGGGGCCAUGGCCUGCACAGGACAAGGGCCACCUGGCCUUUCCAGCUACCUGAGUUUGGAGCCAGAGUGAAAGACCGUGAAGCAAACAGCAGUUCAGGAAAUUCCAUGGUUGACUUGCCUUGCUUGCAAGUUUUGUGGAGACCUGAAGCUUUCUGUGGUACUGGACGUCAUUUCCGGUCGAGACGAAAUGACUUGAAAAUGGAAGACACAAAGCUGAGAGAUUUUUGUGCACUAAGUGUUGGAAAUCUGUCCCUUCUAGUGACUGAACUUAUUAAUAACAUCAGUUAUAAAUCUGCUCACCUGUCCCCUUGUCUGCCAACCUGUGUGCCUUUUUUGUAAAACAUUUUCAUGUCUUUAAAAUACCUGUUGAAUACCUAGGGUUUAGUAUCAACUUCUAUACAGAACAAGAAUUUCAAAGCUGACGUACACUCUUUUGAUUCUUUCGGGGGUAGGGGAAGUGAAGAAAAUGAUCUUCCUUCUGUCUUGGGCAAUAUCUUUCACUUUACUGUAGUUACUUUUAAAUUGAAAGGAUACAUUCUAGACCACAUUCUACUUCCUUUCCCUCCUGCCAAUCCAACUCCACAGUUGCCCUUACACCUUAUCUCUGCCUGCCUGCUCUGAACAGUAUUCCUUCUCCUCUGGACUUUCCCUUAUUUGCUCUAAAGAGAAUAAAAUUGAACAAACUACAGGAUAGGAAAGGAUAGUUGUGCUGUUCACAAUAACAGUGUGUAAAGCUCAGC